CUGUUAUUUUUUUUUAAGAUAUACAGGAUUGUUGUCUAAUUAUUACUUAGUUUUAAAUUAUGUACUUAGUUUUUUUGGAAAGCAUUUUCAAAAAGUGGCAGCAUAUGUUCAGCGAACUUGGUUCCCUACAAUUUUCGCGUGUCUCCUUGUCCCUUGACGUAUGCUCUCGUUGGCUAUCACACACAUAAAUUUUUCAGUUUAGUCUGAUUUUAGUUGUGCGUGUUUCUUGUUGUGUUACUAUUUGAUGAUCCUGAUUUUGCUUGUGAACUGUUAUUAUUUUAUAAAAAAUGCGUUCAAAUAUUAUAUAUUUCAAUUACAGAAAUAAAAGCAGUCAAUUUAAAAAUUAUUUUACGUAAAAAAAUAAAUUAUAUUCAUAUAACUGUUGUAUACAAAUUAAAGCAUAUUGAAUAACUAUAUACUUUAUAUAUACAUAUAUAUGUCAAUAUACUGUAAGUGAAUUAGCAAAAUAAGUGCAAUUCGCAGUGAUGCAAUGAAAAUAUAUGAAAAAGUCAACUGAAAAUUUAAUAUGACGUGUAGAAAUGUGCUUUAUAUCUGUGCUUUUCCAUAAUGCACUAUGGAAAUGUUAUACUUCUGUGAUCCGCCGAAGACAAUCUUUCGGAUAGUAAUAUAAUAUAUUAUACUCUUUGUUUAUAAGCGUAGUGCGUCUUCAGCAGUCUAUAGAAUUUGAAUAUAGAACACGCUAAACAGUAGUACUCAAAUCUAAUGUAGAUAUAUUUACAUAUGUAAGUCAAUUAUAAUCGAGUAAUCAAAUCGAUCAGACAAGAUAAAAGAAAAUUUAAUUCUAAAGUUCUAUUCGUGUUAAAAUGUGUUUAGGUACUAACAAUAAUUUGUACUACUCUAAACACCUAGUUGGAAAAUAACGGGAUGCUUGAUGGCAGAAAAGCAUUUUUUUAAUUAACACAUAAAGUAUUACGCAUAUGUAUAAACGAAAAUAUAACUAAUUAUCCUUCUGAGCUGUGCGUUGCAUAUGGGGAUACAUAUUUUUAAUUUAUUAAUAUACAAGUAAUAAUAUUAGUUUGUCACAAUAAACAUGUUAGAUAUUGAUUCCCUAUUAUAUACUUUUGAUAUUCUAAAGUGAUUAUAAUGGUUUAUAGCAUAGACAUAGUUUAUUGUGCAGUGAUCGGUGUGGUCGAACAUGUCCUUAAUAAAAACCAACGAAAAUUAUAUUUGCACUAAAACUUAUCUUGGAAGUGGUAUUAAAUGUAUACAUAUGAUGCCCUUUUAUCAUGUUCACAAAAAAAGUUUAAACAUAUUUAUUAUUUAAUUUAAAUUGAACUCAAUCUUUUUAUGAAGAUAAAUACAAUAAUAAAAAGCCGUAACUUUCUUUCAGUGAAAACACUCACUUACUUGUUUUGAUAUAUUUGUAUAUCAUCUCUUUCUUUUUCACAUCCAUUUAACGUCUAACAAACAAAAGUAGUGAAAAUCUUGAGAGUACAUAAGAUAUUUUUUGCAACUACAUAUGUACAUACAUAUACAACUUUAUGCAGACUUAUGUUUUUUUUAAAUUUUCAAGAUUUUAAAAGCUUUAAGAUUUUUUCCAUAAUAUAAUAGCGUCCGCUCCUUGCUUGGUAUCGGUUAAAUUUUCGUCAGUAUCAUUUAAUUUGUUUUAUGCACACAUGUGUGAAUUGAACAAUCAUUGGAGAAUAACAUUUAAACUUUAUCUGCUUAAGGAAUCAAAACUAUUUAUUUUUCAAAGAUCAAAUCUUGACAAUUUUGGUAUCAUGAUUCUCUUCCACACCGAUAUUGAGUUAUUCAUUUGAAUUUACUCGUUAUAUUAUAUGUGUACCAUGAAUAUAAAUUUAGUGUACUACAUUAAAUUAAAAACGGUUUGUUUGAUGCUUUAAAUAGAGUUCGUUUUUACAGUAAAAACAUAUAUAUCUAAAUAAGUAGUGACGAUAAGUUAAAAAGAAUAGCAAACUGGACUUUCUCUCUCUUGCACCGUAGCUCAAAUACAUAUAAAUGACUGCAUUUGCUCUAGUGAAAUAUUUAAAGUACUGCUUUAAGUUAGUAAAAUCACCUUAAUUGUAAAUACGGUACGUGAAAAUAUUAUAAAAUGUAUGCUGCAGCUGGUGGCGCUUCGCUGGCUUCACGCCAGGCACGUCAACGGCAGCGUCAACAGAAGAAAACUCAGCAAUUGCAAGCAAAACUACAUCCACCGAAAUUGUCAACGUUAUCAACUAGUGAACAUGGCGCUUCAACACCAACGCGUACCCAAUCACGUCAGUUCCACCAGCUGCCGACCAACUAUCUGCGCACGCCACAAACACAGAGUAGGAAAUUAAGUGCGAGCUAUACAACACAAUCGAAGCUUCUACUGCCUAUCGAAGAAGGUGAUAAUCAGUCGGUGCUACAAAUGCGCGUACAGUAUGUACAUACUCAAAUGCACCAUUCUCAUAGCCAUGCUCAUCCUAUUCAAGCACAUCCACAUCCUCACUAUCAGUUCGCGCAGCAGCAGCAUCAUUCGCAUGGAAACAUUUUCCCGAAGUUGGUUCACCGGCAUUCAGGUAGUGGUGCUUGUAGCUUUUAUCAGACAAAGCUCCCAAAGUCUGCUACAGCGACACUCCCACUCGUCUCACAAAUGGAAGCUACGCCACCUACGACACCAUCGGCUGCGGCCGAAGGUACAAUUACCACCUCAGCAAAGGUGGGUACGUUAUCCGUAGAUAAUACUUGCAUUAAUAUAUCUCACCAUGAUGCAAUCAUUGUGACACCGGCCACACCGAUGGCUUCGCCAGGGCACGUAGGUAAACCUGAACAUCAACAACCCAAAACACUGACCAAAUCGGUUAGUAAGAUUGAAAGUAAUAAUAUAUUAGGAGUAAUCAUUAACGAUGAUGAGCACAUGAAAGAACCACCCACUGCUCCAUUAGAACGCAAAUGCAGUGUAUAUCGCAUGCGACGAAAUGAUCCGUAUGAAUAUCAGGACACAAACUUAAUUGGCGGUGUGGGCAGCAGCGUUAGGCGGCAGCUGAAGGAUCUGCAGUUUAAUCAACAACAACAAUACGAACCAUUGAUUAGCAACGAGUCGCAUCUUUGUUAUAAGGGGCUGACGAAUACGCGUAAAUGGCAAGUGUGUGCCUACUGUGAGGAGGGGAUUUGCGUCUGUGAACAUAUCGAGUGUACACGAGGUCGUGCUGCGUGGCUGGAACGAGGGCGACGUUGCAGCGUUCAAGAAGCGCAACAACAGGCGGCCUGCCAUCGCCGUUGGGUGAAACGUAAUCGAGUUCAAGAUUCAUCACUAGGCGGCUCUUCUGACGAUGAAGAUCUCUUGGGUGUAUUACGAGGUCCUAGCACAUUUGCCAAUACAUUUCUCUAUGUGGGUCUUGGGACAAUAGCUUUGGGUUUGGUAAUAGCAUUUGUAGGUACAGGUGAAAAAGGAUUUAAAACAGUAGAACUGAGACUCAUUGGACCAUCAUUAAUAGGACUAGGAUUCGUUUGUUGUAUGCUGCGAAUACUAUUUUGUAUAUGCCCUUCUCACUGCAUUUCAACAAAUAAAAAAACUUUUAAGAAAGAUUGCAACAAAAUUGAUGCCGAUUAUACUACAUCAUUACUCCGUGGAGAAAGCAAACGUGUUUCAAUAGCCCGACGACCGACAUUACAGCCAAAAUACCCACUUGCACACAAACGUGGCAGUAAUAAAAUAAUCAAUGAAGGAAUGGAAGCACUGAGACAAAUCGCGACUACAUCACUUUUUAUGCAGAAUGAACAGAAGGCAUCAUUAAAUAGGAUAGUUCCAAUAAUCAAAGAGCCAGAAAAUUUAAGAGAGUCCACUCCAAAAAAAUCUGAGUUUUUAAGAGGGGAUGAAGUAGAGCACUUGAGCCGCAGAGAAAAUACCGACUCAAACAACAAAGUCAAUGGCAACGACGGGAAUAUUUCCGGUGCAGAAAGUAUGAUACAUGUAACUGCCAUCAAUACAAACACAACCUCAACUGAACAAUUUACAAAUGUAUCUUCAAAAAAAGCUCCAGGCCAAGACUCAAUUGAAAUGCCAGAAGUGUCAUUAGAUCAGCAAUUACCUUCAUUUUCAAUAAUGCUAACUCCAGAACCUAUAAGCUCGAAUUCCAUUAGCAAAUUGUCACGACAACGUAUCGCACUGAACAAUAAAUUGAUAUCGGAAGUACAACCACACGCUCCCAUUGCCCCAAAUUAUACUAAGGAUGCCAACUUUCUAAUGGAAACUUCUUUGUCGAUCAAACCAACAACAGCAGCUAGGGAAUUAACACCAGCUCUAAUACAUGGCACUAGCUCUUCUACUUCGAAUAACACAUACAAUUAUUCUGGAUUUACGGAUAAUGCUAGUACAGUAGGAGUACAUAACACAUCUACAUCGGCUACAACAACACUAAUGUCUGCAUCAAUGGGGUCUGAACAGAAACUCAAACAGGACAAUAUACAUUCUAAUAUCGAAACAGGCAGGAACACUGAGUCAAACGUUUCCACAAUUAUCUCACCAUGUGCAUUAGUUUCAAAUAAUAAUUCAUCUGUUUCCAAUACUCCUAUAACUACAAAUAUGUGCUCAAGGGCACAGUCGGUUUUUCUUCCAGGACAAAUUGAAGAUAAUACCACAACUAUUGCGAAGCCAGUAGUGAAUCAACCCGAGCCCAAAAAUUUGCAUUUAUCCACAUCGGGUUUUUCGAAAGCUAGUUUUAUAUUUCCUUCUCCUCUGUUAUCAUCAUCAGAUAGUGAAUCAGAUGACCCGUCUGCUUUAUCACCCUCACAGGUUACAGUAAUACAAAAAACUUGGACAAGACCAGAUCAAUUACUUGACAGUACUUCUACAAACGCAAUCAUAUCGCAUGAUAAUAAAUAUGUUACGCAACAAAAUAAUCCAUUAAGUAUAUUUGAACCGGAGCUAUUACUCAGUCCAGCUAAGCUUGGCCAGUAGACAUCACAUUGUACGGUCCAUCGAUGUAAGCUUGCUUCACUUAAAGCUGACUUUGUAUAUUGUACUUACAUACUUACCUUUGCACAUCUUUAUUGUGCAAUUAAAAAUUAUUGUUAGCUUUUAAAAUAUAAAUAUAUUUGAUAGCUAAAUCCCAAUUUUUCUUUAAAGUGCACUAUAGAUUAAUAUCAGUAAGUAGUUUUUAUUAAAAUGUCUAAUUCAUAAACAAAGUCAUCAUUUGUACAAUAUUCAAAUGCAAAGUGUGAAUAAAUGAAAUACAAAUACAUAUACGAGUACAUAUAUCUGCACAUACAUUUUAUACAUAAACAAACCGCUUUUAUUAUUUUAUUAUUAAAUCACUUUUCAGUGCUAUACCAAACAGAAUGGUGGCCCAAACAUAUAUUACAAGUAUAUUCAUAACUUGAAAUUCAAAUUUUAGGAUAACAUUAGUGCGAAUUCAAAGUCCCACCAGACAAGUAUCAUUACAUUACAAAGCAAUGUAUAUUGGACGAUAAGCAGUUUGAUCUUCAAAUCGUCGGGACCUGACGGUUUAUUACCGGCUCAACUACAGCAGUCCCAGAACUACAUAAAAGUCUGGUUAGUAACAAUUUUUAAAGGAGCACUGCUAUUAAACUAUGUAUAAUAUAUUAUCUCGUUAUGGAGGAAAGUUAAAGUGAUAUAUAUACCAAUGGCGGGCAAAAGCUCACAUACAAGUCCAAAGGAUUUCACACCAAUUAGUCUUUCCUCCUUCCUCUUAAAAACGUUGGAAAGACUAAUAGAAACAUAAGAGACAAAUUAAACCCAGAAAAACUGAAUAUUUCGCAGCAUGCGUAUUCUAAAAAAAAAUACACAGAAACAGCACUAAGUUCAGUGGUAACACAAAUUGAAAAAUCUCUGAAGAUAAAAGAUUACACCCUCGUGGCUUUCCUAGCCAUUCAAGCUGCUACCAAUAACAGCCAGCUUAAGGCCAUAAUGGGCGUGCUUAAAUGUUUGGACACUUCUGAACCUUGAUUGAAUAGAUGCUCAAGCCACUUCGGUUAGAUGUAAAUUCCCAAAUACCUUCGAUAACCUCACGCAAACAUUAUAAAAUGACAUAAAUCGAUGGGCAGUAUCGUGCGGACUAAAGCUUGUAAGAUAGAGCUAGUAACGUUUACUAAGAAUCGCAGAAGGCCAGAAGUUAUGCCGCCAUUAAUAAAUGAUACCAGGCUAACAAUAGGAGAUAAGGAUGGCGACGUGGGCUAAUUUAAGAUAGGAAGCUUUCAUGGAAACCAAACUUAGGCACUAGCGUAAAAACAGCAGAUACAGCACUUUACACCUGUAAAAGGAUGGUCUGGCUCAAAUGGGGACCAACGCUCCGUGUAACUUAUUGGCUCUACACAGCAGAUGUAAGGCCGGAUAUGACAUACGGUAUAUUGGCCACCAUCAUGGAAAAGAAAUAAGCGGUAAGGCGUAUACAAAGCAUGAAGAGGUCAGCUAGUAUAUGCAUCGGUGGUGAACAUAGGCCAAGUUAUGCACAUAACAUCAUUUUACAUUUACUACCAACAGACUUGUUCUGCAAGCAACUGACCGCGAAGUCAGGUCUUCGACUGAAAAAAUCCUUCCAAUUAGUCGUCUGUAAUAAGGGACAUUCCAAGGAGCGGUUAGGAAGUUCGAAAUACUAUAGGAUUAAAUUUUAAUUUGGUCCCCAAAGUAAUUUCACAUCACUACAAGAUGUGAGACUUCUAUGACUUGAAUCUUAUAUCAUUGUAACACGGUACUGUUCUAAAAUGGUUUUAUGGUUUCCCAAAUAUUCGGUAAGGUAAGCUUAGCCCUAAAUUUUCUUUCAGACCUAAUGCUGCGAUACCUUUUUGACUUAACGGCACUUUCAGUUAUCACUUACUGGGGCACUAAAUUGUAAUGAUAGGUAAGGUAGGUAGAGUGAAUGUCUGAUGACGCAUCUAGCCUUUUAGGAGGUUCAUUGUGAAACCACCGGGACUAAAGUUCCUUCACCCUAUUAACAUAUGUCCUCUCUGACCCACCCCGCGCUUUUGAUGAAGUGAAUCGGUACAAAAAGUUUUAUAUGUGCAACCUCCGUAACGUCGUUAAGGAACCCUUACAAAGCUUUACAUUCGCAUAAAAGAUAUCUUAUAGUCUCUUUUUCUUCUACCUCCUUACAGCUUCUACAACAGUCAUUUCGUGGUUUUUCUUGUCUGCUGACAUGUCCGGCUA